AAAGCAUUCGCUGUGUGCUAGCCUAUAGGCUAUAGCGAAGCGGGGAGGAGAAGACGGUUCAUUUCUCUACUGUCUACUCUCGCUGCUCUCACACUCAACAGUCGAACUUCGCUUUCUCUUCCCAUUUCUUUUCUUUCUACAAAAUACAACCUUUCUUUUUUGCUCUCUGAAAACCCUGAAAGUUUUGCUUCACUGCGUGAGCUCCACGCAAGAGGCGUCUCCAUACGAAAACAGAGUCUCAGAGUUUCAAAGCAAUGCUGCAGCGGACCAAAAAGAGCCAAAUGCUUGAAGAUCAUGGUGAUAAGGACAGGGAAUAUAGAUUCAAGAUCCUAUUACCAAAUGGCACAAGCGUUUGUUUGACAUUUCAAAAUCCUAAGCCCACAAUGCCAUUUGGAGAUUUCAUUCAAAGGCUGGAAGAGGAAUACUCUCUCACUUAUAGACAAUUCAGCUCAGGGAAGCGGAAAAGGGAUAUUGAUUGGAAAAGUGGUCGCUUAUUUCUUGAAGAUGCCAAUGAUAGGAAAAUAAGAGGUGAAAUGAAUUUCAAGAACUUCAAGCCACAUGAGUGUCAUAUUCUAAAGCUUCAUGAUGGUUCCCAUGAGAGUGCUUAUACUUUUGAGAAUAUGUGGGAUCUGACACCUGUUACUGAUAUACUAAAAGAAUUACCAGAAGAGUACACAUUUGAGACUGCUCUGGCAGAUUUGAUUGAUAACUCCCUCCAAGCUGUUUGGGCAAAUGACAGGAGACAUAAGAAACUUAUAAGUGUGGAUGUGGCUGAUGAUGUGAUUUCAAUUUUUGAUACUGGCCCUGGGAUGGAUGGAAGCGAUGAAAAUUCUAUAGUGAAGUGGGGAAAGAUGGGUGCUUCACUUCACAGAUCUUUAAGAGAACAGGCGAUAGGGGGCAGACCUCCGUACUUAAUGCCAUUUUUUGGAAUGUUUGGUUAUGGAGGACCUUUAGCAUCUAUGCAAUUAGGGAGGCAUGCAUUAGUUUCUUCCAAGACAAAGGACUCCAGGAAAGUGUAUACAUUGCAUCUUGACAGAGAGGCUUUACUCACAGGGUCAAACUCUAAUAUUCAAAAGAAAAGAAGAGGGUCAGACUCUGAUUCUAAUUGGAAGACUGAUGGUGGUAUGAGGGAUCCUUUAGAAGAUGAAAUUAGCAAAACUCCACAUGGAAGCUUUACUAAGGUUGAAAUUUUUAAACCUAAAUCGAAAUUGGACAUAUCUCAACUCCAAUGCAAGCUGAAGGAUAUAUAUUUCCCAUAUGUUCAGUGUGAUGAAGAAUCCAAAUCAGGGAAGACCAUAACACCAGUAAACUUUGAGGUUAAUGGUGUUGAUUUAGCCGAGAUUGAAGGUGGGGAAAUUGCAAUUACAAAUGUUCAUUCAUGCAAUGGUCCUGAUUUUGUUCUACAGCUUCAUUUCUCCUGUAAACAAGACAGUAUGACUAAAUCUCCCGAUUCGAAAGCAUAUAUACAAGCAAAUGCUCGCCUUAAGUGUGUCUAUUUUCCCAUGGUUGAGGGAAAAGAGAAUAUUGAGAAAAUUUUGGAGAGGUUAGAAUCUGAUGGAUGCGGAACCUCAGAAAACUUUGAAACCUAUAGUCGUGUCUCUAUUCGGAGGCUUGGUCGCCUACUUCCAGAUGCUCGUUGGGCCCGGCUUCCAUUCAUGGAAUUCAAGCAAAAAAAAGGAGAUAAGGCAGACUUGUUGAAAAUAUGUUGUUUGAGAGUUAAAUGCUUUAUCGAGACUGACGCUGGUUUCAAUCCAACACCAUCUAAGACCAAUCUAGCACACCAUAGUCCUUUUACCACUUCACUGAGGAACUUAGGCAAUCAGCCUUUUGAGAAUGAAAAAGAUGUCAGAAUUAAAAUAUAUAGAGAUGGAAACCAAUUAACUCUUUCUCAACUAAAGAAGGAGUAUGAGGAUUGGAUUCUUCAAAUGCAUGAGCGAUAUGAUGAUGAAGCUCACUGUGGUGAAGAUCAACCUGUUCUUGUUGUCAGUCCUGCAAACAAAAAGGCACUUCGCAUUUCAUCCGAAGUUGCAAGGGUUCAUAAAUCUCUAAAGAGGAAAGGAGUGACCUGGAAAUGUGGCCAGAAAAUCAAACUUUUUAGGGGAGCAUGUGCUGGGGUUCAUAACAACAAUGUCUAUGCCACAAUUGAGUAUUUUUUGCUUGAAGGUCUCGAAGGUGACCCUGGUGGGGGGGCUCGAAUUAUUUGCAGGCCAUUAAGUCUGUCAGUUGACAAGGGAUGCAUCCUUAAAAUAAAUGACGGGGAUACCAGUUUAGAUAUUCGUGACUCCUUAUCUGUACCUGUCAGUGUGAUUGAUUCUGGGAAGUGUGUAGCUGUUGAAAGUAAUGAAUGGGAUAACCAGCUCGAGAAACAACGCCAGAAAUCUCCUUCUACAAUUGAUCUGCUGGAUGCAGAAGAAUGUCAGGAGUUGGGGGUUGAUGGGGCAUUGCCUGUGGAUGCCCCAGCUGGAAAAGUUCCUCCAGAAGUAAUUGUGGCUGUUGUUCGUCCUGCCAGUUAUGUCUCUUCUUGUGCGUCAAAGACCCUUGACCAGAAGUAUAUUGCUAGAACUAAUUUAAAAAUGUCUAUGGAAGUUAAGUUCAGAAGUGAUGCUGAGAGUCUUCGAAAUUUUUGCGACAUUUCGGCAUGCACAGUACCUGAGCCACUUAAAGGAAUUCAAGGGUUAUAUAUCUUUCCACUUAAAUCCAAGUACCCAGCUUUGUUUCAAACUUCUGGUGUCUAUACAUUUUCAUUCCAUCUGACUGAGUCAAAUUGUAAGCAUGUUGAGAAAAGGGUAUUGAUCAAGCAAGCUCCAAUAGUGGAGUAUAAAGAGAUCCAAUUCACUUGUCCAAAGGGAAAGGCUCCUGUAAUUGGGACUCCAAAAGUGGAGUUUGAUGAGAUUCAGGUUCAGUCUUCGCAUGGCAAGGUUUUGCCUCUCCAGGAUUCCUCUUCAAUUCAGCAAGUAGGAAACUUAAUGGUUCCUGUAAUGAAAGCUCCAAAAGUGGAGUAUGAUGAGAGUCCAAUCCCUUGCCCAAAUGAAAAGAUUUUUCUUCUCCAAGAUUCAUCUUCCCUUCCACAAGCACAAAACUUGGAGGCAUCAAAUGUGAAUAAGGAGAAGGAAUUGGAGAAACACCUUCACCGAAGUGGAAUGCAGAUUGGAGAUAUGGAAAAAAAUUUGGAUGCGCUUAAUAAGGAGAAGGCAGUAAUUGAGCAAGAUAUAUAUGUUUUGCAAGCUUCUGUUGAACGUUGCAAUUCAGAUUACUGUUCCAUGAAAGCAGAAUUGAAACACCGCAUAGAAAGCAUGAGCCACACUGCAGCUUCUACACUCCUCAACCUUUUAAGAGUUCCAUCCCAAGAGUUGGGCAAUGAUUUCAUGGGAGGCAUGAUCGGUUUGGUGGCUUUACUUGGUAGUACUGGGAGCAGUGAGCUUAGCAGGAUAUUAUCUGAGUACUUGGGUGAAGAUCAAAUGCUUGCUGUUGUCUGUAGAUCCUUUGCAGCUGCUGUUGCUCUUGAGAAGUAUGAACACAAUGGGGAAGUUGAUUCUAGGCAUGCUCUUUAUGCAGCAGCAGCUAAGCUUGGGAGAUCCAUAAAUGGCCGGUUUCUUGUUAUAGGCCUUGAUGAUAUACGGCCUUACACAGGUGAUUUUGAUGGUAGUGACCCUCAAAGGAAGCUGGGCUUGCCAUAUCCUAUCUUGCCAAGUGGAAAUACUCCGGAUGGUUUCUUGGGGUAUGCAGUUAAUAUGGUUGACCUGGAUGAGCAUCAUUUACACAUGACGACAGCUGCAGGCCAUGGUCUUCGGCAGACAUUGUUUUAUUUUCUUUUUGGGGAACUCCAUGUUUAUAAAACUAGGCAAGACAUGUUAGCUGCUCGUGCUUGUAUCAAACAUGGUGCUAUAUCUCUGGAUGGUGGGAUUUUAAGACAAACAGGAGCAGUUUCUCUUGGAUAUGGGAAUCCUGAAAUCUGUUUUCCUGUCUUGCGGAGUGUUGCGGUAAUGAAGAAGAAGAUUGAAAUAUACAAGGAAACGAUGAGCGCGGUCAUUGCUGCCAUAGAAGAAUUUACCGAAGACCAUCAGAAAGCGUUAAAGAAAUUCCACAAGAAAAACAAGAAGUGGCACGAGCUCGCAACAGUGAAGGAGCGUCGGCUUAUUAAGACUACCUACUCUCGCACGCACGGGCACGGCAUCGUGGGCUUCGAACCACACACCACUAACCUUUAUGCCAACAACUCUAUUCGUAAUCUAGUUUCCAGACCCUUAGAUCAUGUGGGUCUAACCAUAAUUCUUAAUAACCAGGGAGACCAGCUGGAGUUGGAGAGAGGCAUACAGAGUGAGAGAGCGGGUGAGAAAAGAACCAGAAAGAUGUUCCAACCAAACAACCAGAUUUCAGAUCAUACAAAGUCAUUAUCUAUUCAAGAUUCAACAGCAUUGAUGCAAAUGGACGAAAAAGAAACUAGUCCAGUUGUGAAGGAUGGGAUGCAAAAUGGAGGAUUCGCGCAAGCAGAAUCCAUCAUCUACUACACUAAGAAACUUCAAGAUGAUUUACAAAUGAUGGGGAUGAAAAUUAAACAGCAUGAAGACAACAUAAAACUUCUGAAGUCUCAGAGAAACAAAUUAGAUGACUCUAUUCUCGAUUUGCAAGUUAUUCUAGGGAAGUAUCAUACCUCAACUGCAUCUAAAAUCGAAAAUGAAGACCAUUCCCUCUGUAAAAGUGAGGAGGAAACAACUAAAAAGAUUCUUCAGCGUGAGAAGUCUGCUGCAGGCAUUCUAUGGCAGUUGAAAACUCGUCAUGGUACUCAGGCUGCCCAUCUUACCUUGACGAAGGAUGUCCUUGGUAUUGUUGCAAUGCUUGGCAAAGUAGAGGAUGAUAAUCUUAGCAGGCUUUUAUCAGAAUACUUAGGAGUCGAUACUAUGUUGUCAAUUGUCUGUAAGACUUUUGAAGGUGUCAAAGCUUUAGAAACGUAUGACAAUGAAGGCUGCAUAAAGAAAAGUUCUGGUCUUCAUGGGCUUGGUGCUUCUAUUGGAAGGACAUUAGAAGGCCGGUUUCUGGUCAUUUGUCUUGAUAAUUUAAGACCAUAUGCUGGUGAAUUUGUACCUGAUGACCCACAGAGGAGGCUUGAUCUUCUGAAGCCAAGGUUACCUAAUGGGGAAUGCCCACCCGGUUUUCUUGGUUAUGCUGUAAAUAUGAUCCAUGUGGAUAGCACAAGCUUAUUUUGUGUCACAGCUAGUGGGCAUGGCCUGAGAGAGACUCUAUUUUAUAACCUCUUCUGUCGCUUGCAAGUAUAUAAAACAAGGGCAGAUAUGGUUCCUGCACUUCCUUGUAUAAGUGAUGGAGCCAUUUCUUUAGAUGGCGGGAUGAUUAGGUCAACUGGUGUGUUUUCUCUUGGCAACCGGGAAGAUGUAGAUGUGAGAUUUCCUAAACUGUCAGUGACAUCAAGCCUACCCGAAACCUAUCUUGAUUCUGAAAGACAAAUCAAUGAGUUGAAGUGGAAAAAAGAAAAAAUGCAGGAAGAUAUGAAGAGAGAACAAGCAUUAUUGGACAACGCAAAGUUCAAUUUUGACAGAAAGAAGCAAGAUUUUCUGAAAUUCCUGGCUGAUAGCUCAUCAUAUGCAACUCAGCAUCAAUUUCAGGCAGCAGCACAAAGCAGAGUGACCUCAAGGUGAGAACUGACGAGUACACGAGGCACCAGCAGACCAUAUAGAAGGGAAGGGAGAGCCUUGAGCACUUUGCUUGGUUGAGCGUCUGGCUGAGAGAGUCAUGUUUUAUCUCUGUUUUAUGAAGCCAGAAAAUUGUAGUGGGAAAAACAGAGAUGCAUUUUGCUGAGUUAAGUGAGGGGCUCGUGUUGUUCAAGUUUGGGCUUUGUAGAAGCAGAAUUAAGAUUUAA